AUGGCCAGCGAGGCGAGGAUGGGGGAGGCCGCGCCGCGCUGGAGGAGAGCCCCGGAGGCAGCGCAGGACCUCCGGGGGCUGGAGAGCAGCGGGGUGCCGGGGGUCCUGCCCUGGAGCACGGCCACCGACCCGGCCCUGGGGGGCUACCAGGAGCCCCCCAAGCUGAGCUACAGCCCUGGGCUGGCCACGGACAAGGGCUGCCCCUGGAGGGGCUCCGAGGGUUGCGUGGAGCCGGCCGGCCUCCCGCUGGGCUGCCCCUACCCGCCGGCCCCGCAGCGCCUGCGGGACGCCCUGUGCCUCCCCAAGGACUCCGCCGAGCUGCCGCUGCUGCUGGCGCCCAGGAACGGGCAGCCCAAGGAGCCCCCGCGGUGGGCUGAAGCCGUGCUGGCCCCCCUGGCUCUCUACAGCCACGCGUACCACCGCUACCCCCUGCCCUUCCCGGCCGCGGACACCCAGCGCCCCGGCAAGCCCCGCGGGGAUGGGGACCCCCCGGCUUUCCGCAGCUGCCCCUUCCUGGUGGAGGCCAAGCACAGCCCCUUCCUCCUGUCCUCGCUGCUCCCCCCCGGCCCCCCGCCAGAGCCCGGAUUUGGUGGCGGGGGGCCGGAGGGUCCCGUGGGCGACGGGCGCUUCGCCGGCACCGACUGGCGCCUGGGUCCCUUCGUGCCGGCCUGGGGGGCGCAGCCCCUCUACCUGGGGGUGCCGCCGAGGUGCAAGGCGGCUCCGGGCGCCUUCGAUGAGAGCUGCGGCUCGGGGAGCAAGGAGUUUUACCCCAAGAAGGAGCCCGGCUUCCACCUCCAGGCCGAGGACCAGGAGCAGCUGCCGGGCGAGGGGCAGCCAGGGCACGGCGGAGACGGGGAGGGGGACACGGGGUGCAAACCCAAAGACAAGCGCCCGGCGUACCAAAGCCUCAAACCGGGCUCGCCGCCGGCACCGGGGGGCGCGGAGCCCCGGCUGGACAGGCACCACCCCACGGCCCCCCCGUGCCCACCGGGGGGGGGCUGCGGGGCGCUGGGCCCCUUCGAUGCGCCGGGGCCGGAUGGUGACAGCACCCUGGGGGGCGACGGGGGCCGGUUUCCCUGCCCGCCCAGCAUCCACACCAAGCUGAAGAAGACGUGGCUGACGCGGCACUCGGAGCAGUCGGUGCCAAGGUGCAAAGGGGGCCGGAGGGACGGCCCCGAGGGAGCCGGCGAGGGCAAGCGCUCGGCCAAACGCCCCCACGGCGCUGCCGACGGGCACCGCGGUGCCGCCGAAGGGGCUGGAGCAGCCAAACGGGGAGCCAAGGCCACCGAGCGCCCGGGUGGCACCGAGCACCAGGGUGGCACCGAGCACCAGGUCUGUGCCGGCCGGGCUGGCCCGGAGCCGUGGUGCCUGCAGAGCGUGCCCUGCACCGCCCUGCCCAAGAGCAUCCCGCGGUGCUGCGCUUGCGCUGCCCGGGCUGCGGGGAGCCCUGGGGAUGAAGAUGAGGAAGAGGAGCUCGCGGAGAGCACCUGCAGGCUGCUGCGCUUCCGCAGGCUCGCCUUUGGGGACGGCGGGGAGCUGAGCGUCGAUGGCUUCUGCACGGUGGACGAGGCGGAGGGGGAGACGGCGGCGCUGGAGGCGGCGGAGGGCUGGGGCAGGAGCAGCAGCGGCAGCCUCUGCCUGGCCAAGUACCUGCUGUCGGUGCUGGGGGGCCCCUUCUGCGCCGCCGUCCGCAGGGACAGGGGCGCGUGGCUGGGAGCCCACGGCCAGCCCGGGGGGCUGACGGCUUGGAGGCGCGGGGAAGGAGCCCCCCGGCUCUGCGACGCCUGCCAGCGCCGCUGCUUCAACUCGCACUGGAGCUGCGCCACGUGCGGCUUCCAGCUGUGCCCCGAGUGCCACCGCGGCCGGCGGCAGGAGGACGGGCACGGGGACCCGGCACGGCCGCGGCGCUGCGCCCCGGGGCACGACCACGACCCGGCGGCCCUCGUCCCCACGCAGUUCGUCCCCACUCGUGUCCUGGCCCGGCUCUGGCAGCAGCUGCACGAGGCGCGCGCCAAGUUCGACGUCAAGUGGCACUGUCCCUGCGGGGUUGGGGACACCGAGCAGGGGCCGGCAGAGCCCCCCGGGGGCAGGCAGGAGAAGAUGGGGAGCGUGGCCCCCCCCCUCGUGCCCAGCACCAACGGCGAAACCACAGCCAGAGCCAUCAAGGAAGAGAGCCCCGAGGGGGGGCCGCCGUCGCCGCCGGGGCCGCCGCCGCCCCCCCGGGGGGCCGUGCAGACAGCCACCCUCUGCGACCUCCUCGCCUCCACCGCCGUCAAGCUGUGCCUGGGGCACAACGGGGUGCGCAUGGCCUUCGCCCCCGUCGCGCCCCCUUUGCCCAGCGACAAUCGCCUGACCAGCAUCCUGGACAGCAUCAUCGCCCGCGUGGUGGAGAGGAAGAUCCAGGAGAGGCACGUGGGCUGCGAGCUCAGCUGCCCCGGCCCCCCCGGCCCCCCCGGGACCCCCGUUUCCCACUGCAUCCUGGCCCCGGGGGGGCUGCUGUGGCUGCAGGACCCCGGCCACGCCACCAACUACCGGCUCUUCCAGGAGCACUGGCGGCAGGGCCAGCCCGUCCUGGUUUCAGGGCUGGAGAAGAGGCUGGACGGGAGGCUGUGGGGGCCCGAAUCCUUCCGCCCCCCCGGGGGGGAGCAGGAGGUGGAGGCGGUGAACCUGCGGGCGCAGCGGCGGCGCGUCAGGAUGGGCAGCGGGCGCUUUUGGGACGGCUUCGCCGCCAGCGCGACCUGCCCGGUGCUGGAGCAGGGCGCUGGGGACGUCUUGAAGCUGGAGAGUGGCUUUGGGGACACGCAGCUGUGCCGCACCCCGGUGUGCGGGACGCAGGGAUUUGGGGACACGGUGGCGGCCCCGCGCGAGGUCCCCAAGCUCGCAGCGUCCCCUCCGUGCCACAGGGCCACCAACCUGAGCUCCAGCCUGCCUCUGCCCGAGUACUGCGGCCCCCACGGGCGCCUCAACCUGGCCUCCUACCUGCGGGGCGAGCGGGGCCGCCGCUGGCUGCGCCCCCGCGUGUGCGCGGCGUACGGCGUGCAUCCCCAGGAUGGCAGCAUCGGCACCAAAAACCUGACGGUGGAGGCAGCCGACACCAUCAGCGUCCUGGUGCACACCGCGGCGCGGCACGAGCCGCUGCUGCACGCCGAGGAGGACGGCAUGGACGAGCUGCUGCAGGAGAGGCUGCGGGGUGCCGGCAGCCGGCCCGGCGCCCUGUGGCACAUCUUCCGCGCCGAGGACGCCGGCCGCAUCCAGGAUUUCCUGCACAAGGUGGACCAAGGGCAAGGGGGGGUGGCUGAGGACCCCCCCGGGCUCUACCUGGACCCGGAGCUGCGGCGGCGGCUGCGGGAGGAGUGCGGGGUGAGCGCCUGGACCCUGCUGCAGUGCCUGGGGGACGCGGUGCUGGUCCCCGCCGGGGCUCCGCACCAGGUGCAGAACCUCACCAGCACCAUCGCCGUGGAGCAGCGGUUCCUGUCCCCGGAGAGCGCCGCCCGCCUCGGGGACCACGGCACCGGUCCCCCGGGGGCCGCACGCUGGCUCCGGGCUCAGCUGGAUGGCAUGAUCCUGGCCGCCGUGCGGGAGGCCGUGGGCGUCCUGCAGGGCUGCAGGUGA